AUGUCAUAUUACCCUCCACCCGGUGGCCCGCCUCCUCAGGGCCAGUAUGGCUAUGGAGGACAGCCACCAUAUCCACCCCAACAAGGAGGCUGCCCACCACCAAUGAAUCAACAGCAGUAUCCACAGCAAGGCUACGGCCAGCAACCUCCCCAAGGCUACGGUCCUCCUCCAGGUCAAGGUUAUGGUGCACCAUAUGGCGCCCCUCCACCGCAAGGCCACUCACCAUACCUACCUCAAGGCCAAGGCUAUGGCGCGCCGCCUCCCGGCCAGACCCCUUAUGGACAACAACCACCUCCUCAAGCUGGUUAUGGCCAACCGCCUCCAAUGGGUGGCUACGGUCAACCUCCGCCGCAACAGGGAUACGGAGCACCGGCUGGUCCACCAGCAAUGCCCUCGCCAGGCUACGAUCUCAGACAGCGAUGCCCAGCUGACAUGUCACACGCAGCGGACGAAUGCCGUGCGGCAAUGAAGGGAUUUGGUACGAAUGAAGACCGACUUAUUCGUGCCCUGGCAUCCGUUGGACCACUGGAAAUCGAGGGUUUGAAGGUCGCCUACCAACAACGACACAAGCGCGAUCUCAUGAAAGACGUCCACUCUGAGACUUCUGGAUACUUCCGGGAAGGUCUAGAGGCCAUAAUUCGCGGUCCUCUCGCUCAGGAUUGUCACGUAGUCAAGGAGGCUAUUGCAGGUGCCGGAACAAAGGAGAGCGCACUCGACGAUGUUCUGUUGUGUCGUUCGAACGCGGAUAUGAAUGCGAUCAAGGCGCACUAUCAGCAGAUGCACAGGAAGUCGCUCGAGAGUGAUGUGAAAGGUGACCUUUCGGCGAAGACGGAAAGAAUGUACGACAUGGUCAUGGCUGCAAGACGUGAAGAGGAGUCUGCGCCGGUUCUGCCGCAGCAGAUCGAUACUUGGGUCAAGGACAUCUACGGCGCAACCGAGGGCCGCACCGGUACAGAUCAACUCACUGUAUGCACGAUUCUUACCUCUAGGAGCAAUGGUCAGAUCCGCGCUAUCAGCCAGGCAUACAAGCAGAAGUACCACAAAUCGCUGGAAGACGUGAUCAAGAAGGAGUUCUCAGGACACAUGGAAGACGCUCUGCUUUUCAUGGUUGGCGCCGCCACCGAUCCUGCAAAGCACGAUGCCGACAGACUCGAGCAAGCUAUGGCAGGGAUGGGAACGAAAGACCAAGCCCUGGUCCGCCGCAUAGUCGCCAUUCACUGGGACAAGCAGCGCCUGCAGCAAGUAAAGGCUGCGUUCAAGCAUUUCUACAAGAAGGAUCUGGCUGCUCGCGUACAGAGCGAGACUUCUGGCGACUACAAGAAGCUCAUGGUGGUACUGCUCUCUUCUUAG